AUGCCAAUAGGUGGAAAUGGAAUGCAUAGAGGUUGGGUUGGGUAUGGUUCGGAUCGUGAUGGUGGAAAAUAUGUGGAAAAUGGAUGGCAAGAUUCAUGGCAAUCCGGACAGAAUACUGGAAAUUCCGGUUGGGAUAAGAAGCAAACCUCAGAUGAUAAUUGGGAUAAAUUCGGUAACCAGAAAUGGUCUUGGGGCAAUGGUGGUAGUCAUGGAUGGGGUAGUUGGAGUAGUGAUAUCACAAAAAAUGGCGACAGCAGUGAUUCGAGUGAUAGUAUUGUUCAGGGACCGGAAAUUUAUACUUCCUGGGGUAACACCAAUACGGAUAGCUGGAAGAGCAAUGGAGGUGGUGAAGGAUGGCGUAAAUGGGAAGCGGAUGAUCAGGGAUCAGGUAGCGGAAGUCGAGAAUAUGGUGGAUGGAAAAGUUGGAAGAGUGGUUCGGGUGUUGGAAGAUGGGAUAGCUGGAAUAGUGGUCCAAAUAGUGGAAGUAUGGAUAGCUUGAAGCGUAAUAAUAAACCAAUAAGUGCUAAAGCAGAAGCCUUUGCAAAGGCUUCUAUUGAUCCAUAA